CAGAAGCAUUGUCACCUGCGCGCGCCGAAGGCACCGAUCUCCAGUCGACCGAAGAGAAUGAGUUUCGGCUCUUUCUUCCUGCUCGUCGUCGCCUCAUCAUGCGCGUCAAUCCUCAACCCCGUCUACUCUGCCAGACAUUUAUCUGUUUCCUUAGCUGCAGGCGAUUCUCGUGGGAAUUCCCAAGAAAGCUAAACCACAAAGCAACCUUGAGAUAUCGCAAAAAUCUUCUCGUUCAUUUUCAAUCUCUCGAUAGGCAUAUGCUUUCUCGAGAACGAAGAUACAUUUGGAUAAUAAUGCUGGGAAAAUCCUGAAUCUGUACGCGCUACGACAUGACUUUGGUUUGCAAAUAGGCAAGAAAGCUGUGAAAACAUGAGCGUGAUAGGACCACUGACGCAGACGGAGCUCUUGCAACAGCUGACGAGCGAGUGUCGUUACGACAAAAUGGUCAGGCCGCCGGGCGAGCAAGACGAACGAGAUCCCAUUAAAGUCUACGUCCGAGCCUACAUCUACUCCAUCAAGUCUAACAUGGCCAAGACUUUGCAAUUUGACGUGCACAUGAUGUUGCAAUUCCGUUAUUUAGACAACCGGCUAAAGUUCGAGGACAUCGCGCCUCAUCAGAGCCAGAUCUAUGGUAGCCAGGCGGCUUACGAUCUCAUCUGGACGCCGUCCGUCUAUGUUGCUAAUGAACGUAGCUCUGCGUUGAUGGGCAAUAGCGUCAAGGAUCUUCUCAUUUCCAUUGAUCCUACCGGUAUGGUAAUCCUUAACACCAGAUUAGAGGCUAUUCUCAACUGUGGUCUGCGACUUGAAAAAUUCCCAUUUGAUGUUCAGGAGUGUCCAUUGGUUUUUGAAAGCUGGACACACAACGUUCAAGAUAUGAUUUUGAAGUGGGACGAGGCUCCUAUUAUACUGGCUGAUGAACUACAUCUUACGGAGUAUAGAUUAGUCGAACAAUGGGUUAACCAAUCAGAAGUAUCGUAUACGACAGCGCAACAGCAUUAUGGACAUUUUGCUGGAAAUUUUAGUUCUAUCAACAUAACAUUCAAGCUUGCUCGGGAAAUGGGCUUCUUCAUGAUGGACUACUAUAUCCCAUCUAUCUUAAUCGUUGUUAUUUCAUGGGUGUCGUUUUGGUUACACGUUGAUGCCAGUCCUCCCAGGAUUGUAUUAGGUACCAAUACAAUACUCGCAUUUAUGACCCUUGCAUCGAAAGUGGAAAAUUCUUUGCCAAAGGUUUCCUACAUCAAAGCCAGUGAAAUUUGGUUCCUGGGUUGCACGAUAUUCCUUUUCGCGGCGAUGGUUGAAUUCGCAUUUGUUAACACUAUUUACAGGAGAAAAAAAAACGUGCCACUGAAAAAGGUCAAUAGCAAAUACAUUCUCAAGUCAACACUCACGCCGAGGCUGGCGCGUAAGCAGUUUCAAAAGAACACAGGUAUCGAAAGAUCUCGAUCCUGGUCGUCUCUCGAUAAUGCUGGUUACGAGAAGGAUUAUACCAAUCAAAAUUACCUUACCAUCCACAGCUUCCCAAGUACGAUAAACGUGCCGACAGUGAGGAUAGAAGAUGAGAAGGAGAACUCAACGGGUAGUGUGGUAACAAUAGAUAGCAAUCCUUCACUACCACUGCCGCCGCCGCCACCUCCCAAAAAGUUCCAAAGGCGUUCAACCCUUGCCCAGCUGAACACCUUUACAACAAUGACUCCUCAGGAAAUUGCUCAGUGGAUCGACAAACGUAGUCGUAUCGUAUUCCCCGUGUCCUUUCUCAUUUUCAACAUUCUCUACUGGUCAUUUAUCUGGAUAUGAAUGAUUUAUGUCAAUAAGAGAGCUAAAGAUUGCCAUGCGUGUUCAAUACGCACGUUGUACGUUCAUUACGUACUAUUUUUAAUCAAUCUCUCAUUGCGACUCGAUAUAUAUGUCACGGAUGAAUGCCUUCCAAACAUCCUACGAACACCACUUCUUAAGUGAUAUUUUUGUAUCAAGACUUAUCUGCAUGUCUGCAUGUAUUGCAUGUAUCUGCGAAAAUCUCGAAAAUGUUGAUCACUAUUUUUUCGUUAUAGUUAAUUAUUGAUACUGUUUAAUUAGAUAAACAUAAACUUAAUUGUAGAUUAGAGGCUACGUACUUUAAGUUUGUCAUUAUAAAUGAACUAAAUUUAUUAAAUUAAUGAUGUUUUAACUGCUAGAUAAGUAUAUUCUAUACCAAAUUGUAUGAUACAAUUGAAAUAAUUUAAUAUGUGUGAACGUUUAAUAUAAAUAGAUGUUUACAUAAAUUAUUAAUAUACAAUUAAAGACUAUUCAUUUUAUAAUUUUUAACUAUCCGUUUGAAAAACGUACUAGUAUUCUCUAUACGUUAUUUAAGUAUGAUAAUAUACGCGGUAGUAUAUAAGCUAUAUAUAAUUAAGGUACUAUACUAGUAAGAAUUUUGGAUAUUGACAAUACUGUGAAUUUUGUAAUUUUGUGUGAAUGGUGUAACGUAAAUAUUAAGGACACGCUCUUUUUUAAGUUGUAUGUCUGUUUAUUUUAAUAUACGUAUAAGAAUACUUUGAAUGUACAUUAGCUGUCGGAAUAGAAUAUAAUAGUCUUACAUUAUAAUAUAACUUAUUUUCAAAGUGUUUCAUAUUCUGACAUUCUUUACUCAAACUUUUAAAUUUUUUGUAUUUUUUAAACUAAUUUUUCUUCCUCUUAAUUCAACGCUAGCAAAUACUUCAAGUACCUCAUUCUUUUGGUAACUUUUCCUCAAAUUAUUGAGUUAUAUCUAUUCGAAGUUGUCUUUACAAUUAUUUUUUUCAAAGGAAGCUUCUCUAGAAUUUAUUUUUGAUACAAAAUUUUUUUUUUUGGAGGAAUAUGACCAAUUGAAAAUCGUAGUAAUAUGAAGCGCUAAAAAAUUCGUUACAUUCACGUAUAUCACAAUUCUUUAAGUAUACUUCAGAUUAAUGGCAGAAUGCGACAAUUUUAGUUUCUUAUCGAAACAAUUAUAUUGACAAUUGUAAACAGAAUUGUUGAUUUGAUUUAUUGUGAACUUUCGCCUAAUUUUUUGAACAGAAUUCUUAGAUUUUGAUGAGCUUAAAUGUUUUUCCUUUAUUCCUAGAGGUUUAUUAGUUACUACCUGCAUAUAUGUGUAUAUAUAUCCAGUUAUUAUACAUUAGUUACAUGUUAUAUUACCCUCAAUCACAUAAAUCCUCUUACAUUGUAUAAAAUAUUGACAUAAUUUACA